AUGAGCUCUGGAGACGAAUUGGGCAGCAUCGGUACUGUGUCUCACGGUACCGCCAUAGAUAAGAGCAUUGAAAGUAUUCUCCCACAAUUUGAUGAAGAAGUGGAGACUUUGCUGGAGGAUAGCUUCACGUGGAAUAUUCCUGACUGGAAUGAGCUAACGAAUCCAAAGUACAAAUCUCCCAGGUUCAAAAUUGGCGAUUUCGAAUGGGACAUCCUAUUAUUCCCUCAGGGGAACCAUAAUAAGGGUGUUGCGGUAUAUCUGGAACCUCAUCCAGAGGAAAAAUUAGAUGAGAGUGCGGGAGAGAUGGUGCCCGUUGAUCCGGACUGGUACUGCUGUGCUCAGUUUGCCAUUGGCAUUUCUAGGCCCGGAAAUGAUGAGACCAUCAAUCUAAUUAACAAAUCGCAUCAUCGGUUCAACGCCCUAGAUACAGACUGGGGGUUUGCAAAUUUGAUAGAUUUGAACAACUUGAAACAUCCUUCAAAAGGGAGGCCGCUUUCGUUCUUAAAUGAAGGGAGCUUGAACAUAACCGCAUAUGUGCGCAUAUUGAAGGAUCCCACCGGUGUCUUGUGGCAUAAUUUUUUGAAUUAUGACUCGAAGAAAGUGACUGGCUAUGUUGGCUUCCGAAAUCAGGGUGCCACAUGUUAUUUGAAUUCCCUGCUGCAAUCUUAUUUUUUUACAAAAUAUUUCAGAAAGCUGGUUUACGAAAUACCCACUGAACAUGAAAGUCCAAAUAACAGUGUUCCCCUGGCUUUACAAAGAGCUUUCUACCAGUUACAAGUAUCUGAUAUACCCUUAGACACUUUGGAGCUUACCAGGUCAUUCGGUUGGGACACUGCGGAAUCUUUCACCCAACACGAUGUGCAGGAAUUGAAUAGGAUAUUAAUGGACAGGCUAGAAAAUAACAUGAAGGGAACACCCGUGGAGGGGAAGCUAAAUGAAAUAUUUGUGGGGAAAAUGAAAAGUUAUAUUAAAUGUAUUAAUGUUGAUUAUGAAUCGUCUAGGGUAGAGGACUUUUGGGAUUUGCAACUGAAUGUCAAAAAUUUCAAGAAUUUGCAAGAAUCUUUUGAUAAUUAUGUCGAGAUGGAACUAAUGAAUGGUGAAAAUCAGUACGCUGCUCAGGACUAUGGCUUGCAAGAUGCUCAAAAAGGUGUUAUUUUCGAAUCGUUCCCGCCGGUUUUGCAUUUGCAGUUGAAAAGAUUCGAAUACGACUUCAAUUAUGAUCAGAUGGUAAAGGUUAACGAUAAAUAUGAGUUCCCUGAGACGAUUGACUUGUCGCCCUUCGUUGAUAAAGAGGUGCUUAAGAAAACGUUAGAUUCGGAAGAUAAGGAUAAGAAUCCCUAUGUUUACAAUUUACAUGGUGUACUGGUUCAUUCUGGUGAUAUAUCUACUGGUCACUACUAUACUUUGAUUAAACCUGGUGUUGAAGACCAAUGGUACCGAUUUGAUGAUGAAAGGGUUUGGAGAGUGACAAAGAAGCAAGUUUUCCAGGAAAAUUUUGGGUGUGAUAGGCUACCCGAUGAAAAAGUUCGUACAAUGACAAGAGACGAGUAUCAAAAUUAUAUUAUUCAGCGCCACACAAGUGCUUAUAUGCUUGUUUAUAUACGCCAAGAACAAGAGGAGGAUUUGCUCCGUCCAGUCUUAGAAUCUGAUGUUCCUAAGCACGUAAUCACGAGAGUAAGAGAAGAAAUCAAAGAAAGGGAAACAAAAGAAAAGGAAAUCAGAGAAGCACAUUUGUACGUUACACUCAGACUGCACUCUAUUAAAGAACUUAUUCAUUAUGAAGGAUUUGACUAUUUCGCACAUGAUGGGUUUAGGUUGUUUUCUGAGGAGCUCAACGACUCCGGUUUGCAGCAAAUCAACUUGAAAGUUUUGAGAACAACCAAGUUAUCGGAUAUUUUUGCAAGCAUCAAGGAAGCUAUGAAUAUUCCACAAGAAAGGGACGUCAGAUACUGGAAAAUGGAUUAUCGCAGAAACAACACUUUACGUUUAACACAACCCAUAAAUUUUGAAUCGGUAAACAUCACUUUGCAAGAGGCGUUAAAAACGGAGAAGAAAAGAACUAUGGAAACACAAUAUGGAGAAGGAGGUGUUGCUAGUACUGAUGAGGACGAUAAGGCGCUUUCAGAAACUGUGUCAUUCUUAGAUCUCUUCAUCGAGGAACCCUACCUAGAGUUACAAUUUUUGAGCAAGUUGAAGGAAGCUUCUUUAAUUUCAAAGGCCGAGCCAGAUGAUGAGCUGAUAUCAAACGUAAGAACGAAUCUUCCAAAACUGACAGAGGGAGGAAUUGAACCUGUUUUUGCCACUGAAAAUAAAUCUAAUUUGCUAUUUGUGAAGAAGUACGACCCACAUACCCAAAAGCUACUGGGAUUUGGCCAUUUUGCUGUGAAUCAAUUACAACAGCUAUCAGACUUAUCUGAAAUCAUUGAGAACAGCAUUUCUUCUAACGAAAAGUUGACCUUUUACGAAGAAGUUCAACCUGGUACAAUAAAUGAAAUAUAUAUGAAGGGAACAGUCUAUGACGCUGACAUAGACACGGGUGAUAUAGUUUCAUUUGAAGUUCCAGAUGCUGUUUUGCCAGACAUAUUCCCAGUUUACGCCACAAUCAAAGAAUAUUACUCAUAUCUGAGGUACCGUGUAAAAUUGAAGUUUUCUAAAUUUGACGGCUCAAGUGAGGAAUAUGGCGUUAGUAAUGAGAUCCCAGAGAGCUUCGAAUUCUGGAUAUCUGCUUAUGCACCUUAUGAUGACCUUGCUAGGAUGGUGUCGAAAUUUGCGCACGUUAAGCCAGAAUAUUUAAAGAUCUUUGCACUUUAUUCUAAUGGCAGAUUUGUAUUAAAAUCGACCUCACUUUUGAAUGACUAUCUUUUGAAAGAUUUCAACUGCGAUCAGAUACCGCCUUUCGCAUUUGAAGUAUUGUCCGUACCCUUGAAGGAAUUAGAGCGUUUGAGGCCUAUUAAGUUAUAUUGGCUGAAAAAUAGUUAUAUUCAUUAUCAAUCCUUUGAAUUUGAGGUUGCAAAUGAUUAUACAGAAUCUCAAUUUCUCGAAAAAGUGCAGCACAAGAUCGGUUUUACCGAUGAGGAAAAGGAGAAUAUUUUACUAUGGACCAACUCAAAUUUCCAGUUUCAGGGUUUAUUAUCGGACCAAAACACCUUCAAAGACGUGAGUAAAAAUUCUUUACUUUUUGGUAGAAUUUUGCCCGAGGAAUCGAAAUUAUUCAAGGAAUUAAAUCGUCUAGAAAAUCUACAAGCAUCUUCAUUGGAAGAUUUUAUGGAUGACGAAAACGCGACGGACAGACCAAUCGACGAUGAGCAAGAUCUAGGUAUGGCAAUAGAGCAUUCUGAUGAUGUGAAGGGACGUAUAGUAGUUGUUCAGCAAUAUUUCAAAGAUCUUGAAAAUAGACACGGAAUAUCUUUCCUGUUCAAUUUGAUACCAGGCGAAACAUUCCCAAAGACAAAAGACCGUCUUCAUGCAAAAUUUGGACUCGGACAGAAAGAAUUUUCAAAGAUUAAAUUAAGUAUUGGUUACUCCACUGAAGAAGGAACGGUGUUUAGAACUUUACAAGGAUUCUCGGAUGAAGAAUUGGACAAGGUUAUAUUGUAUGACAUUAUGUCCAACUUAGAUUAUAUCUACAUGGAUCAUCCGGAUAGAUUGAGAUCACAUUCUUCCUAUGAUAGACCAAUGAUCAUCAAAAACUGA